GGCCCCUUUCCGGCAGUGGGCGGGGCGGGCGCGGCGCCGCGGCCCGGGAGGCGCAGCCCGGCCAUGCAGGCGGAGCGGGGCGGCAGCCGGGCCCGCAGGGAAGGGGUCCGGCACGGCCGGCGGCGGCCUAGUGGCGCGGCCGAGGCAGCAGCUGAAGGAAGCGGCCGGGACUGUCACGGUCCCGGAGGAGGCGGGGGCCGGGGAAGAGGCGGCGCUUACGGACAACGAGGAGGCGGGGGCCGGGGCAGGCGACAGCCCCGAGGUCGCGGGGCAGCGCCGCCGCCCAGCGCUCCCCAGCACCAGCGGGUAGCGGAGGACGAUGAUACCGAGUCACAACCGGAAGAAGAGAAGGACGAAUUGAAAUGCUAUUCAAGAAGAAAGUUAUUUUCCAACUGGAACCGCUAUGAAGAUACAGAAAAAGAGGAACAGAAUGAACAUGGGGAGUCACAGAGAGGAACAGACUUCAGUGUUUUGCUUAGCUCAGCAGAUACUAGAUAUUCUGUUUCUUUAUUUACGUGCAAAGGAAUAGAAUACGUGUGUCAGAAAGCCUUGACAGCAAAAGUAUCUGAAACAGGAGAUUCCUUUACACAGUUUCGAUUUACUGACGAGAAAGAAUGGGAUAAAGAAAGCAUAAGCCAUAAGCAGUUCUCUGCACUUUCUAUUGACUGCCAGUCUUUGGUCCAGGCCCUUCAGGAAUUGCCUCUACAUCUGAAAUUGAAUUUAGCUGCUGACCUUGUACAGGCAUCAACACCUGUAGAGCUCCCACAGAUGAAAUCUAAAAUUUUUGAAGAUGUCAAGAGAAGAGAUCAGCUGUUCCGACAGUCUCCAGCUCAAAGUGACACCGUAUUGGUCUCCCCUCCUGUUGGUAAUUCUGUUGCUACAUCAGAGCCUGGAAGUAAAAACGGCUCUAAGGCAAAUGCAAGAGAACCAUUUCAGAGAGUCCACCCACUAUCAAAGCAAGAGACUGACCAUUUGGAUGAAGAACUGGAUCUUCUCCUGAAUCUAGAGGCUCCCAUGAGUGCAGGAAACAGACCUGUGUCAGGCACAUUAUCCUACAACAUAUCAACUGAGAAAGAUUUGAAAAUGGAUUGUAAGGAAAGUGACCCUUUGAAAGUAGAUAUGCCUGAAGAGAAGAGUACAUCAUCACAGCAACAGCAAAGUACAUCUAAAGAUGUUACUGAGGAAGAGCUUGAAGAUUGGCUGGACAGCAUGAUCUCCUGAAGCUCAAAUUUCCUCAUGUGAAUAAUUGAAUAUAGCAAACAUUACAUAAAAAGUUGAACUUUUCUUUAUCUUUUUAUUUCCUUUCUCUGUUUCACCUUGUUCAGUGUACCAGUAUGCUGGCUCCUAAAAUUUUGUGCAACCAAAAUUAAUUUAGGUGGGAUUGAAAAUUGUCGAAGACUAAUAACGUUAUUAGAAAGGUCUAAAAUUUGUGAUGAAAUUGGAAUUUUCUUUGCUAAAGAAGCAGGCUAAGAGAACAGUUAUUGCAGCUUGUACUUGCUCUAUGUAGUCCUUAAAAUAAAGCCAUGACUGAACAGUGAA